UAACACGAAUAAUCCCAUCAAUUUCAUCCAGGCAUUUAGUAAAAGCCACAUAAACUGUGGUUAUGGUCCUACAACCAGCGAGUGUGUGAAACCAUGACUGUGGUGAUUGGAUUUGAGGGCAGUGCUAAUAAAAUUGGUGUGGGUAUCAUCAGAGAUGGGCAAGUUCUGUCAAACCCCAGGCGCACUUACAUCACCCCACCUGGCCAAGGGUUCCUACCUGGUGAGACAGCCAAACACCAUCGUAGUGUGAUUCUCACUGUGCUCCAGGAGGCACUAGAUGAAGCAGGGCUGAAAGCUGCAGAUAUUGACUGUGUGGCAUACACUAAAGGGCCUGGAAUGGGAGCUCCUCUGGUAACAGUAGCGAUUGUGGCCAGGACAGUCGCCCAGUUGUGGGGAAAGCCAUUGUUGGGGGUAAACCACUGUAUUGGACACAUAGAGAUGGGCCGUUUGAUCACCAACUCCCAAAACCCCACUGUGCUGUAUGUGAGCGGAGGAAAUACUCAGGUUAUUGCAUAUUCUGAACGACGUUACAGAAUAUUUGGAGAAACUAUUGAUAUUGCUGUGGGAAACUGCCUGGACCGGUUUGCAAGGGUCAUCAAGAUAUCAAAUGAUCCCAGUCCUGGUUACAACAUUGAACAGAUGGCAAAGAAAGGCACCAAGUAUAUAGAGCUGCCGUAUACAGUGAAGGGUAUGGAUGUGUCAUUUUCUGGGAUUUUGUCCUAUAUAGAGGACGCUGCUCACAAACUGUUGAGUACAAGUCAAUGUACGCCUGAGGAUUUGUGUUUCUCUCUACAAGAGACUGUGUUCGCUAUGCUGGUGGAGAUCACAGAAAGAGCCAUGGCUCACUGCGGCUCUCAGGAGGUUCUGAUCGUCGGUGGAGUCGGCUGUAACCUGCGUCUGCAGGAGAUGAUGGGGGUCAUGUGUAAGGAGAGAGGUGCACGACUUUUUGCCACAGAUGAGAGCUUUUGUAUAGACAAUGGAGCAAUGAUUGCACAGGCCGGAUGGGAAAUGUUCCGCUCGGGUCACGUCACAGAGCUUUCAGACUCCUGGAUUACACAAAGGUACAGAACAGAUGAAGUGGAGGUCACAUGGCGGGACUGAUGUUUAGAUCUGGUUAUUAAGGAAUUUCAGUGGCACUAAAUGUCAAGUUGUACUCCUUGAUCACAUUAUACAACCUCAUGAAAUAUUCAGUUUUACAUCAGGGACAGAAGUAGUUUCAUAUCCCAGUUAAAGGCAGAAUUGUCUAAUAUUUUUGUAAAAACACUGAAUAAAAAUACCUA